UCGACACUUUUAUUAUCGAAUAAACUUCUUUUCAUCUCCUUGAUUUCCCAAAACACCCCUCCUUCCCUUCGCCCACACAACCAAAUUUCUCAUCUCUUCCCCCAUGGAGAACAGGAGCCACAACUCCGGCCGCCGCCAACGCGACGAGCCGCCGGCGACGAGGCGGAGCCUCAGGAGGAAGCUUAACGAGGCCGGAACCGCCGACCAUCACUCGCCUCUCGAUUUGCAUCAGGAGCUUGUGUGCCAAAUCCGUGCUCAGCUUGAGAUCCUCGAUUCCGCCUUCUCUUCCACGGAGGAAAGUCGCGAAUCCGCCAAAAAUGCACUCGCCGUCCUCUCUGAGCUCGCGAAGAACGAGAAUGCAGUGAAUGUGAUUGUGGAUUGUACGGCGGUUCCGUCACUGGUCAAGCAUCUGCAGACUCCACCGCCUUUGAGAGAGGGAGGCACUGAUCCGAUACCAUAUGAACAUGAAGUGGAGAAAGCGAGUGCCUUCGUGGUCGGGCUUCUUGCUGUCAAGCCAGAGCAUCAGCAACUCAUUGCCGAUGCAGGGGCCAUACCACAUCUUGUUGAUCUGUUAAAAAGGCAUAAAGAUGGGCUAAACUCUCGAGCAGUGAAUGGGGUCCUUAGGAGAGCCGCUGAGGCAAUAACUAAUCUAGCUCAUGAGAAUAGCAGAAUCAAAACCCAUAUUAGGCUUGAGGGUGGUAUUCCUCCCCUUGUCGAGUUGCUUGAAUUUCCUGACACUAAGGUGCAGAGAGCAGCAGCUGGAUCUCUUCGAACACUUGCCUUUAAAAACGACGAGAACAAAAAUCAGAUUGUGGAGUGCAAUGCUCUACCCACUCUAAUAUUAAUGCUGCAGUCUGAAGAUUCUGCUGUACACUAUGAAGCGGUUGGUGUAAUUGGAAAUCUGGUGCACUCAUCUCCCAACAUUAAGAAAGAAGUUCUUGCUGCUGGAGCUUUGCAGCCUGUCAUUUGUUUACUCAGCUCUUCUUGUGCUGAGACCCAACGAGAAGCUGCUUUGUUGCUUGGGCAAUUUGCUGCUGCAGAUUCAGACUGUAAGGUUCAUAUUGUUCAAAGAGGUGCUGUUUUGCCAUUAAUUGAAAUGCUUCAGUCACCUGAUAUUCAGUUGAAGGAGAUGUCAGCCUUUGCUCUAGGGAGGUUAGCUCAGGAUACCCACAACCAAGCUGGUAUAGCCCACAGUGGUGGAGUAUCUCCAUUACUGAAGCUCCUUGAGUCGAAAAAUGGAUUUCUGCAACAUAAUGCAGCUUUUGCUCUUUAUGGACUCUCUGACAAUGAGGACAAUGUUGCAGAUCUUGUUAGGAUCGGGGGAGUUCAGAAGCUUCAAGAUGGCGAAUUUAAUGUUCAACCUACUAGAGAUUGUGUAGCCAAAACGCUGAAACGACUUGAAGAGAAGAUUAAAGGACGGGUAUUAAGCCAUUUAUUGUAUAUGAUGCGUGUGGGAGAGAAAAAUAUCCAAAGACGAGUGGCUUUGGCUCUGGCACAUCUUUGUUCUCCAGUUGACCUAAAAAAUAUCUUCAUUGAAAAAAAUGGACUGAUGCUGCUCGUGGAGCUUCUGGAAUCAACUGACUCAAAACAUAAAAAAGAUAGUUCUAUGGCUUUAUGGAGUUUGGCCAACAAAGCCAACUCGCUUUCUCCAGUGGAAACAGCUCCUCCUUCCCCAAUAGUUCAGGUGUAUUUGGGUGAGCAAUACGUAAAUGAUUCUAGAUUGUCUGAUGUGACAUUUUUAGUUGAAGGGAAACAGUUCUAUGCACACAGAAUUUGUUUGCUUGCUUCUUCUGAUGCAUUUCGUGCCAUGUUUGAUGGUGGUUACCGGGAGAGGGAUGCUAAGGAUAUAGAGAUUCCUAACAUCAGAUGGGAUGUCUUCGAGUUGAUGAUGAGGUACAUAUACACAGGAUCAGUUGAGGUCAACUUAGACAUUGCACAAGACCUUCUACGGGCUGCGGAUCAGUAUCUAUUAGAGGGUCUGAAACGUCUGUGCGAAUACACCAUAGCACAGGAUAUAUCCGUGGAGAAUGUCUCUCUCAUGUAUGAGUUGUCUGAAGCAUUCAAUGCCACGUCUCUGAGGCAUGCUUGCAUAUUGUUCAUCCUGGAAAACUACGACAAACUAUAUGUCAUGCCAUGGUACUGUGAGCUGAUCCAACGUAUUUUACCAGAGAUUCGCAAUUACUUUGUGAGAGUUCUUACAAGGCCAGUUCAUGCUGAAGUGAGCUAAAUAGGUUUGUUUUGAUCACCGACCAAAUUGGUGCUGCGGAAGGAUGUACAGAUAUGGGCUAGUUUCCCCUCAGGCGUUAGUUGACAGAUUCUCAUUUUUUGGAAUGACUAAUUUUUUUAUAAAUAGUUGAAUCUAAGGGUGUGCUUCAAUGUGGUUGGGUUGGGCAAGAAACCAAACGGUAAAUGAUUAGGUUUUUGGUAUAAAGAAGAAAUGCAUUCAAUGAACUUUACCAGAAAA